GAAGUGCAAGUGCUGGUGCAUGUGGACAUCGAGGACGCUUGCUUUAUGAUGUCUCAAGCCGGAGUGGACACGGGACUCGGUUUUUCCAAGUUACCGGCUGUUUUUAACGAUUCGUUCCUGACGGCGCGUCUCCGGCGGCGCAGACACUCCGCCACCUCCAGGCGCAACGCGUUCCGCUCGAACAAAAUGCCCACGGCCGAGGAGAGCACCGACUACCGGGAGCGCAACUUUCCCACGCUCACAAAAACCCUCUCGUGGUCUGCAGAUGACAUUUUCUCUGAGAGCAACGCCGGCACGGAGCGGCAGAAAGCGCCCGAGCGGUGCGCGCGCUCUCCCCGCUCCAGCUCGAGCUCCCCGCCGCGCGGUACCACGCGCCACUCCGGUGAAGGCAAGCCGAGCUCCAGAGCCGCGCGCCGCAGCACCGACUCCGAGGAGGAAUGCGCGGCUAAACCGGUGACCUCCCCGUCCAAGUGGGAGCAGGAGAGGGAGGAUGAAGUGGAGACCAAAGCGGUGGCGACUUCGCCGGACGGAAGGUACCUCAAAUUUAACGUGGAGAUCGGGAGAGGAUCGUUCAAGACCGUAUAUAAAGGCUUGGAUACGGAGACCACGGUUGAGGUCGCGUGGUGCGAGCUGCAGACACGGAGGCUGACCAAGGCUGAGCGCCAGCGUUUUAGCGAGGAGGUGGAGAUGCUGAAAGGUCUGCAGCACCCCAACAUCGUUCGUUUCUACGACUCCUGGAAAUCAACAGUGAAGGGCCACAAAUGUAUCAUUCUUGUUACUGAGCUCAUGACGUCAGGAACACUGAAGACGUACCUAAAAAGAUUUAAAGAGAUGAAGCUAAAACUCCUCCAGAGAUGGUGCCACCAGAUCCUGAAAGGCCUUCACUUUCUACACACCCGAACACCUCCCAUCAUUCACCGCGACCUCAAGUGCGACAACAUUUUCAUCACUGGUCCCACCGGCUCUGUCAAGAUUGGAGAUUUGGGGCUGGCUACAUUGAAGAGUGCCUCUUUUGCCAAGAGCGUCAUCGGCACACCUGAGUUCAUGGCUCCAGAGAUGUAUGAGGAAAAGUAUGAUGAAGCUGUAGACGUUUAUGCUUUUGGGAUGUGCAUCCUAGAGAUGACCACGUCCGAAUACCCUUAUUCAGAGUGCCAAAACGCAGCUCAGAUCUACCGGAAGGUCACUAGUGGCAUGAAGCCAGACAGUUUUUUCAAAGUGAAAGUUCCCGAGCUGAAGGAGAUCAUAGAAGGCUGCAUACGCAUGAACAAGCAUGAAAGGUACACCAUACAGGACCUGUUAGAGCACCCCUUCUUCCAGGAGAACAACGGUGUGCACGUGGAGCUGGCUGAGGAGGACGACAUGGUAAAGUCUGGACUCAAGCUCUGGUUGAGGAUGGACGACACCAAGAAACUGCACGGCAAAUACAAGGACAACAAUGCCAUCGAGUUCCUGUUCGAGCUGUACAAGGACGUUCCUGAGGAGGUGGCACAGGAGAUGGUGGUGCUAGGUUUUGUCUGCGAAGCUGAUUACAAGCUGGUAGCCAAGGCCAUCCGCGAUCGAGUCAGUGCCAUCAAACGGCAGCGCGAAAAACUCCGCCGGCUAGCCGAGGAAGCACAUAGGAGGCGUCAGGAGGAGGUCAUCGAAGAAGAACCAGAAUCGGUUCCCGAUGGAGAACCUUCUGCUUCCAACCUCCCGACUCUCCAGGCUCAAGCAUCGGUGGAGAGCGGCGUGUUCAGCCCUGCUCAGACGCACCCCACCGUCACCGUGUCUGCACCGCUAGCCUCCACAGCCAGCAGCUCGAUGGACUCUGGAAUCAACGCCAGUUUCACCACAGAGCCGGAGGAGCUCGAGACGGAUCACCGGGCACACUACAAUAUCCACCACGCCUGCUACUCAUCUGCUACGUCCGACUGUGAGACUGACGGCUACCUCAGCCCCUCUGGCUUGCAGGAGCCCCUCGAAGCCCCGCCUCCUGUGACGAACCCCACCCCCACUGUGCUGGCAACCCCUAAUGAAGCAGUGCAAAUUGAAACGGCAGCAGUUGAAGCCCCGUACACCGAAGCCCCGUCCGUGCCGGGUACACCAAUCCCAGCACUCCGCUUUCCAUCGAGCAUCGCCGUAUCCCAUAAUUCAGAGCGAGCCCACUCCAGCGGCGCCAGCGGGUUCUCGUCUCCUGUCGACAGCUAUGCUUCUGAUGUAACAUCUGGUUUGAGUGAUGGGAACGAGGGCCUAACAGAGAUGAGCACCAAGGGUCCCAACAAACGCACUGGAAGUAAACUGCUCCGGAAAAAAGCCCGCUCAAGACUGCGCAUUACUGGGCUGUCGGAUAAAGUGGAUCGGGUGGUGGAGUGUCAGCUUCAGACACACAACAGUAAGAUGGUGACGUUUAAAUUCGACCUGGAUGGUGACAACGCCGAGGACAUUGCAACAGUCAUGACACACAGUGAGUUCAUCCUGCCCUCAGAGAAAGAGGGUUUCAUUCAUCGAAUGAAGGAGAUCAUCCGCCGUGCUGAGACCCUGAUGAGGAGGGAACCUCUGGAGCCACUGGGGCCCGUAGAGGCUCUCCGUCUGCCCUACCUGAGUGGAGCGGGUACACUCUCAGGCUCACAGCCAAAUCUGCACACACAGCAAGGACUGGCACGCACACACUCCUCCUCCUCCCUACCAGAUUACACUGCAGUAAGUGCGGGUCAGGUAACAUUAGGCUCCUCCCCCGGAGUGGGUGGAGACUAUUACCUCGACCCUGAUGCAGCUGUACCAGUGCGCCCCCUUCGCUCACAGUCUUUCCACACUUCAGAUUACACAGCUGCACAUGCAAAUCAUGUGACAGGAGGCACCUUCCCUGGGUUGGCCAAAGACUUGUAUUUUGACUCUGAUGCUGGACCACCAGUUCGGCCACUUCGCUCCCAGUCCUUUCACACUUCAGGUAAUGAGCAGUAUUUACAAGCGUACUGUUCUCCUCGAGCCCAUUACCCACAAUACCCCAACCCUGAAGGCAUUCCUCUCCUUCUGCCCAACCAAGUACCCACAAUGCCUCCUCAAUACCCCAACCCACCUUACAUGCCCAACUCACCCUACCCUUACCCCUACCUGGUCAACCAUGCUUCUCUUCAAGGCUCUAUCCAGCCAGCACCUAUUCCCCAAAGCCCUACCCCCAAACUUUCCCCGUAUUCUUCACCUGUAGCACAUCAACCAACUGAUAUGCAACCAGAAAACAUCCCUCUACCCCUCUCCGCUGCCCACGCCAUGCCUCCAAACGCGCCCGGCAUGUGGCCCGCCCAUUCCCAACAGCCACUCUUCUCGCUGGCCAACAUGCUCACUCUGGCCAUGAGCAUGGCACAAUCCUUCAUGCCCCCCACAAGCAUGCCAAGCAGCCUACCCCAGACAUACAUGCCUCCCAUGACACCCCAGCCUGGUUAUCCAGCCAUGUUUGGAGCUCAGCACCCAGCAACAGGGCAACAAGAAGCUCCACAAGGUCAAGAUCCAAACCAGAAAAUUGACACCACCUCACAGGCCGGAAGUGUUCCCACUGUGGUUCCAGAGAUGCCGGGACAACCCAUGCCAGACAGCCAAACUGGGAGGAGCUUGAGCCAGCAGGAAGCACAGGAAAGUGGCAGGGAGAGCGCAUCAUCAUCUUCCUCCUCGACUUCUUCUUUAUUCUCAUCAUCAUCUUCAUCCUCCUCUCUGUCCUCUUCUGGUAGCUCAAGCAGCUCACAUGAGUCCUCGAGAUCAGCCACCCCCCAAAAUACAGUAUCUGAACCCUGUAGCAAAAGUUCACCUGCUCCUAGUGUGUCGGAUACCGCUGUCGCCACAGCCAAAGAAAAACUGUCUCCCAUAUCUGAGGAGCAAAAAUCUGGCCUCAUCGUGGGGCGCUUCCAGGUCACGCCCAGUUUAGAAGCCAGCACACCUACAACUUCUGAACCCCCAGCUGCACUCCCUACUCCAAAUACAACCUCCUCCAACCUGAGCCAAUCAGCCAGCAGUUUUGAAGAGCAGCCCGAAUUGGAGACCCGCCUCAGCAAUGUCAGCUCCUCUCCUCCCAUCAAACCCGCAGAGCCUCACACGGAGUUAAACAGCGCCCCCUUUUGGAGUACAAACUCUGAGGCUAAAGAACCUGAAGCUGGGGAGGAAGAGGGAGGUGAAGAGGAGGUCAGAGAGGGUGAGAUGAUGCAGAGGAGGAUAAGCGUGAGCCUCUGGGAGGGGUUGACGGGGGCGAACGGGAUCGGGAACGUUAACCAGCCGUGGGUGAGCUACACACGCAGCGCCUCGUACGGCAGCAGCGAUGAGACUGACAGUGAUGGUGAGGACAUGUGGGAGGAGCUGCAGGAACUUCGUGAUAGACACGUGAUUGAGGUCCAGGCCCUGCAGGCUUCUCAGAAGCGAGAGAUUGAGGAGUUGUACGAGAGGAUGGGGAAGGUUCCUCCUCCAGGCAUCGUCUCUCCAGCCGCCAUGCUGUCCAGUCGUCAGAGGCGUCUCUCCAAGAGCGGAGGCUACCCCGGCUCACGCAGGAACAGCCUGCAGAGACUCGACAUACUGCCCCCUGCUGGUAUCAUGAGGAAGAAUUCGGUAAGCGGAAGCAGCAGUGGAUCUCAGGAGCGAGGAGCAAAAGGAGUCACAUUUGCACCUGACUUUGCCAGAGUGUAAUUCUCAGAAAAGCCUUUGCUCCUUACUGACUUCCUGAGCAUCCUGGCUCCGACAUCAUGGACGUGACAUUAUGAAUCGCAUGCAGACCUCAUCGUCAGUACCAGAAUGUUUGUCAGGACUGAUCGUGGAUCCCCUCCAUCAGUAAAAAGCAACACACCUUUCAAACGUUAUUUCAGUGGGGAGUGAAUAUUAUAAGAUAAAAACAGAGAGAUCUGGAUUCUUUUGUAAAUGAUUAUGCAUCGAUGCUCAGAUCUCCACCAUCAGCUGAUAAAUAAAAGAGACUGCGACAGAACAAGAUCAUGAGUGACUGUGCUCUGGUCUCUCUUCACGUAAAGGCUGCGAUCCAAUCCACAUGCCAUGUAUCUGUAUAAAUACUGCCACCUUCAGUACAGUAAUAUGUGAUUUAGGAUACAGCACAUUUCCUCCAGUCUGUGGAGACAAACAGCUGAUACAGUGUUACGAAAGCUUUACUGUGCAAAUCAGUAUGAUUCUCACAGCUGCCUGUAAAGUAGCAAACACUCUUUUACAACAGGGUUAAUCUAGAUGUACUAUAUGGCCAAAAGUAUGUGGUCGCCCCUUUGAAAUGUGGGUUUGAGUUUGGGUGUU